AUGGGCGAGCACUUCCCGAUCGACGGCGAGGACCCUUCGGAGGUGUUUGACUAUGCUACCGUGAUGGUUAUUUUUGUCGGAGCCGUGUUUGCGUACGUGUUUCUGAUCACGCUGGUCGGUCCGGAGAACAAGAUGGUGUCGCUCACGCACAACAUCGAGGAGGAGGAGCAGGAGGCCGGCCGCGAGAGCCAGAAGGCAGUUGCUAAAAGACCAGCAAUAAUAUAUUUGGUUAUGUUAAAUUGCACCUUUGCGAAAUACAUGUCGUAUUUGCAGUUUGAUCCCCAUGCAGCGCUGAUUGGUGAUGAGGUAGGACUUCUGCAAACGGUAGCUCGUCUGAGAAUGGCACAAUGCACAGACCUGAAUGUUCAGAAAGUUUUCAGUGUAGGUCUAAAUCCUCAUGAAACAGUCCUUGCCCAGUCUGAUCUGGUGCUUUGGACACGAGCCCCAUACAGUUCUAAUGCAAAUGAAAGGCCCAUCUGCCAGACUGAAGAGCAGCCUGUUUCUUCCUGUCAAAACAAUCACAACCGGCUUUAG